AUGCUGGGCAAUCAUAAGGAUGUCUCCAAUCGGCUGUUGUUAGAGGCACCCCAACCAGGUGCUGUAGGGGCGGUGCGGGAGGCCAUGCCUUCGCUUCCGUUUCCGGUCUCGGUGUUUGUGGCGGGAGCAGCGAAGGGGCGUGGCGGAGAGGUCCCCGUGCACGCCCCCACCGGGUUGGGGCGCUGCCAGGUGAGGGAGCGCCGUGGCAGCGGUGCCUUGGACUCCACCUCACCUGCCGGCUCUCAUGCCCUUUCCUCGGCGCCCACGGUCUCCCUCUCUGAACUCCAUUCGCUCCUAUCCUCGGGCUCGGGACGGCUCUUCGACGUGCGAUCUCGGGAGGAGGCGGCAGCUGGGACCAUCCCAGUGGCGCUCAACAUCCCGGUGUCGGAGUUGGAAAGUGCCCUGCAGAUGGAGCCAGCUGCUUUCCGGGCUUUGUACUCCGCUGAGAAGCCAAAGCCGGAAGAUGAGAAUCUCGUUUGCUUCUGUCAGAUGGGCAAGUGGGGCUUUCAGGCCACGCAGCUGGCCCGGGGCCUCGGAUACACAGGGGCUCGAAACUACGCUGGGGCCUAUAGAGAAUGGUUGGAAAAAGAGAGUUAGGUAGAAGGUGGCUUAUUGGUCCCGUCCCCGCCCCCAGUGGCCACCUUAACCAAGGGUGAUGAAGGGGCUGACUUGCUGGGUUGGGCAACUCCUUAUAGUGCUGUGCACACAAAAGCAUCAAAUAAAGAGCAGUUAAU